GUACAGAUUGAUAGCCGCUGCAUGUAAACUCAGCGUGAACAAAUCCAUGGUUCGACAAUUUUUAUAGCAGAUUUAUUUUCCUUAUGGAAAAUCGAGAGCGGUGGAGAUACCAGCGGCUUAUAGCCCGGUGCGGCUUAUAUAUUUAGGUUUCCAUUUAAAACAAACAAACAAAAAAAACUUUGUGGGUGUGGCUUAUAGUGUGUUGCGCUCUAUAGUCCGUAAAAUACGGUACUAAUACUUUGUCAAAGUAACUGCCAUCACUGCCUAAAUCCACUAUUCAAAGAUCUUUUCGGGCAAAAAGUAGGUUUGUAAAAAAAAAAAAAAAAAAAAAAAAAAGCAACCAUUUAAAAUCUUUUUGCUUCGUCAAACUAAUAGCAGCAAGCAAAGCAGAGCAGGUGUAAGUAUUCCUGAGGAAGAGGUGGGACAGUCUGCACGUCUCUCCUCCUGCUCCAUUGGUGUAAUUCCCCUCACAGACGGUAGGGGGAGGCGGUGAACCAGACAAGCUGCACCCAUUCCCGUUUAAACGGUCCCACGGCAGGCUGGCAGGUUCAGAGUGUGCUCGGCACCGGCCUCCGGGACGCGUCUCACUCUCCAUCCGGGAUGGAGAAAGACGCCUCAGCGCCGGACCCAUCCCGGCAGUGCAACGGGUUCUCGGGCGUGCUGUAUGGAGAGUUCACCGACACUCUCAACGACGGGGUGCGCUACUCGGUGAGCCUGACGGAGAGCGCCCUGACCAUCCAGAGGAUCUCCUCGUCUCCCGACCGGACGAAGGUGGUGUUUAACUUGAGCGACUGCAUCGGCUGUCGGGCGUAUAAAGGGCCGGACAGCGCGGACAUCGGCGCUUACUUCGCGGCUUAUUUCUACCCGUUCAAGAGGCGCUGGAUGAGCACCGGAGUGGCCCGGCAGAGGGUGGAGCAGUGCUUUCGGGUCGCUCUGGUGCUGGACCCGCUCGUCAACCUCCGGGAGGCUGAAAGAUGGGCUCAUGCCAUCAGAGAUGCCUCGGUGCUGCAGGCUCCUCGGAGAGAGGGUGUGAUGUACACGGAGCUGAGGAGACCUUGCAGAACCAUGAUCCUGGUGAACCCCCACAGCGGACGGGGACAGGCUCUCCAGCUGUUCACUGGCCACAUACAGGCCAUGCUCACCGAGGCCUCGGUUCCCUACACGCUCGUCAUCACAGAGCACCAGAACCACGCGCGGGAGCUGGUGAGGAACGCCGACCUGACGCAGUGGGACGCGCUGGUUAUCAUGUCUGGUGACGGGCUGCUGUUUGAGGUGAUAAAUGGUCUGAUGGAGAGGGAAGACUGGCAACAGGCCAUCCAGACUCCUCUAGGGAUGCUACCAGGCGGCUCUGGCAAUGCCCUGGCCGCGUCCAUCCACCACUACUCGCAAUCGCCUCCUGCCUGGAACGAGGAGCUGCUCCUGAGCUGUGGCUUCAUGCUGUGCAAAGGUCUGGUUGGUUCUCUUGACUUGGUGUCGGUCCAUUUGGCCUCCAGUCAGCGCCUCUUCUCCUUCCUCUCCUUGGCUUGGGGCUUUGUGGCAGAUGUGGAUAUCGAGAGCGAGAAGUACCGUCAUGUUGGAGCUAUCCGCUUCCUAAUGGGCACCCUGGUGCGUCUGGCCUCGCUCAGAGUAUAUCAGGGCAGGUUAGCAUACCUGCCAGCUAAAGAGGUACCAAAACCUCCAAACGAAAGGGUGAAGGCGACCCGUCCUCCGUUCACAGCUCAGCAGCCAUCUCUCUGUUCAUCCCUUCAUUGUCAUCUCGUUCCCAAAGCUUCACCAAAGCAGAGCUCUCUGAAAAACUGCGUCGAUACGAACUUGAACCAAAACUCCAUCACCAACUCCUCCAACGUCAUCACUAAUAUGAGGCCUGAGACGCAUGGCCACAAUAAGACUACGCCACCUACGGAUUCUCUCCUCCCCAGCCUGGACCAGCCAGUCCCUGAAAACUGGACGGUGGUCAAUGAGGAAGACUUUGUUCUUGUGCUGGCUAUUUGCCAGUCCCACCUAGCGGAGGAUCUGUGGACAGUGCCGGGAGCGAUGGCGGAUGACGGGCUGAUUCAUCUGAUCUACGUGACGGCGGGAAUAUCCCGGCCCGCCCUCUUGCGUCUCUUCCUCGCCAUGGAGAGGGGUUCCCAUUUAGCGUGCGGUUGCCCCCACCUUGUGUACGAAAAGGUGAGGGCCUUGCGGUUAGAGCCCAUCUCACAACAGGGCAUGAUCACCGUGGACGGAGAGGUGGUGGAAUACGGCCCCAUCCAGGCUCAGGUCCACCCCAGAAUGGCUAGGCUUAUAUGUGGAUGAACUUGUGCUUUACGUUAUAGCUCUAGUUUGGCCUUUUAUACUCAUUGUCAGAUUCUUUAUGUGUGCUGUCUUCUCAGAAGUGCCAAAAACAAUUAAUCACCCUUUGGAAAUCCCUUUAUUUUUCUACAGAGACAACCGGUCCUAUUUUUAUGGACUUCUCAUUUUCUCUCAGUGUUAGAUUCAGGGUCAAAGCCAUGGAGGAUUGCUCUUACUUCUGGCUGGUCCAGGCGUAGAGAAAUGUGAUGGAAAUGUAUGUGUACAAAAAAAAAAUAAAAUGAAAAGCCAGAUCUUUAUGCAUUUUUGUGCAUACCCAAAUGUGUGUAUAUGCGGUACUCUGCAUGGGGGGCUUUGGCAGUACAGUGGCAGCACAUUGCACUCUGCUUGUCGAACCUUAUAAGCAUGGCACAUGUGAAGAGAAGCACGUUUUUCUUUCCUCUGGAGACUCCUGGAGAAACCCCGCCUCUUGCCCCGCUGUACCACUGCAGGCCCUCAAUCCCCUUUCCCCGGCCGCCGCCACCCUGACAACACUGCCUGACCUUCAGCUUUGUAAGAAAACUGAGGAGAUAUAAAUCCCCCUGGGGAUUUAGCUUUGACAGAUCUUUAAUCUUUGCUUAGUUUACAUGAAAAGAAACUUUAGAUUUGCUCAUGUUAGAGCCCCACCUUUUCCUUCCUGCCAAACAGAUUUUACCAGCUUACGCUACACCUUUACCACCAUCUUCUCCAUUUCCCGUACCGUUUCAUCUCCAACCAUCAUUAAGCUGUAGGAAUUGCUUCCACUCACACACUUUCUUCACCCCAUACCCCCAUCCCCCACAUUUUCUUACCCUCAGAUCCUCACACACACACACACACACACACACACCCACAAACACACACACACACACAUUCCCUCGCAUCUCUGCAGCACUUAGCGAGGGGGAGGGGCGCGAUCUGCUACUGUGCAUAUGAUCCCGUCUCUUUAAGAUUGUGCUUUCGCUCCCCCACCAAUGGUUAAUGAACCGUCAGCACCUAAUGUGUCCUUAAUAUGAGGGUUUACAUCGGCUAAAGCCCGCUAAAUAGAAAGUCGCCGUUUUUGUAAGCACGUGAAAGCUCUUAGGUGGGUUUUCAGGCGGAUAUUAGGUUGGUCAAAGCACACUCGAGUGGAUAAAGUGCAGUUUCAGACGGGCCCUGUUAGAGUUGCAUAUUGAGAGGCGUGUGAUCGAUGGAAGCCGGAGGGCGGCAGGUGUUUUGCUCCUCUGCGUGGCCUCUUCGGUGGCCGUCGGUGCUGUGGAGCAAUUAGUGCACCGGAGCGGACCGGAGUGCAAAUGUUAGCAUCAUCCUCAUAACCCCCCUCCAUACCUCACCUCUGUACUCCCCGUCCUUCUUCGCGCACACACUCACACACACCAGUUUAGCUCAGGCUACAGCACAACUGUGCAUCUGCAGCGUGUGCAGUUGAGGUGUAUCGGAUCAUUUUAGCAGGUCUUCCUUUGACUGUUCUAUUCUCAAAAUAAAAUCCUGGUCAAACUGAUGAAAAUAAAGUCCUUUCCUUUGCUGACAGGAAGGAAAAUAUGACACUUUUGACUGUUCACUGGCUAGCUGGGGAACCAUAAAGUGCUGAUUUCUAAAAAAAAUUUUUAGGGCAUCUGUCAUUUUGAGUACGAAAAAGGUGAUGCGGUCAGCUGAUGGCGCACUAAAAUCUUCAGCUGUUUUUAUGUGUGGAAGACAAAAUACUCAUAAGGGACUGGCAGCUGGAGAAGUUGGUUAGGUCUUGCUAACUGCUGUGUCCGUUCAUACAGUAAAUAAUAUUUAUGCCUUUGACUUUUUCACAUUAAAGCCCAAAAACUUUGAAGUAUUUCUUUUAGCAUGAUUGAAAGGAGAACAUAAUUAAAGUGUAAAGUGGAUGGAAAAGGGUACACGGUUUUCAGUUUGCUUUGCAAAUAUAUUUUUGGCAUACGCUUGCGUUUUGUAAAUACCACACUUUGGUGUUUACAACACAAUGCUGUAAAUACAAAAAAAAAAAAGAAAAAAAGGUUUUGACCAUUUUGCAGUAUGUCUCCACUAGUUUUCUAUAGAAUUGGGGGUUGUGUGUUUAGAGUAAUGUGCGGUAUUAGUUUUUCAGAUUAAAAUUAUAGUGUUGUUUGACCGGAACACCGUCCUCCAGAGGUUGACAUUGUUUAAUAAUUAAGUGGCAUCUGGAGAGAAUAGUUGCACUCAGAGUAAUAGAGCUAAUGAAUAACUAACUAGUAUUUUCUUUAUUUGUAAAAACGUAAAAUCUAAUUAUUUUCCUUCUACUUCACAAUUCGAACUUUGUGAUGGACUACUGGACAAAGUCAUUAGAAAAUCCUUUCAGGUUUCUUGUUCAUGUGACAACAUAUGGAUAUGGAAAGGCUCAUGCAUAUGAAUUGUUUUAGCAAGACAUUGUCUGUUUCUCAACCUGUAGUAAAAAUUAAAAAGGUUUUCAGAUGGAUCUAUGCUGCAGAUCAAUCCAGGAAGGACUCUGAUGCUGUACCACCUUCGAUAAUUCGGGGUGCGUAGCACUUAGACAUUAGCAUACGUGAAUGUGAAUUUAUCAUUUUCCUCUUCUAGAUUUUCUAAACUUCACACGAUCCAUUCUCAAAACGUAAAUUACAGUUUAUGAAACUCAGUUUUUUUUUUUCUAAUUUACUUUAAGCUGCUACUUUUGGGAUGGCUGUGAAGGGACUGUGUUAUUUUCAAAAGAUGGCGUUGUGUGAGUCGUCACUUCGGUCGUUUUUGCGAACAUGUCUUUUGUUACUGGAGGUUUUACUUCCCCAUCGUUGUUUUAUCACGUAAACUGUGACUUAAAUUGGUUCAUAAAGUCAGUUAUUAUUUUUCAGGUAUUUGAGCAAGUGACUGUGCCUUGUGUUAUAUAUCUCCUGCCUCCUAAUAAAGCCCACCAAUGCGAGGAAAGUUGCUUUUUAAUAUUUCAAAUGAAUCAAAAGAUCGUGACCUGCCGUGCCCAUCUAAGCUGGAGCUAAGCUACGUUUUUAUUCAAAUUAGCGUUUUUCUGUGUUUUUGCAGAACUAAGCAGAAGCUGAGCGGUCCCUUUAGAAUUAGGUUUCACCAGAAAUUCAAAACCAGCCUGGACACAGUUUUUCUAAAGGCGGGGUUUCCCAACUGAGUAACAUGAAAACAGCUGUCCUGGCUUUUGAAAAAAAAAUGUCAUGCUCCUAACGCACAGUGACAGCACUGAUUGAGAAAAGGGAGUUUGAAACAGCUACUUUUCUAACUUCCUGUGAAGCUAGCUGUGCUAAAGCAAUAAUGCCAGCUUGCUUAUAGGGUCUCAUUUGCCUUAUGUUUUUGAUUCUGCUUCAGCCAACAACAUUUUUGUUUUUUGCGAUAAAAAGAUUUUCCAAAAAUUAGUAUAUAAUUGGGGGUUGCAGUCAGCUGAAGAAUGCCAUUUGUUUUUUCUCACUGUUGUCUUUAAAAUGAGACUUUCUGUGACAGAAAGACCCUAAAAAUAAAAAUCACAUGUUUAUUUUAUUGUAUUAAUUUUUCAUGUGUCCGUCCAGCUGCUGUCACAAUGUUUCAGAUCUUGCUAUUCAUGUUGGGGCACUGACAGGUCUAUACCUGGUUUGAAUAGUGUGCAUGUAUGGGGAUCACAGGUGGAGAAUCCACAGUGUUCGAUUAAACAGGACAUGGUACCUUUUUUUAUUCAUUUAUUUAUUUUUGCUGCAAUUGUUCCUUUCUUAAUUUAAUGUAUUUUUUCUAGGUUUAAGAAUCAGCUUGCCCGUAGGUGGAGUUUCAAUCUUCUAGACUUAAGUGCACAGUGCUUCACUUCCAACCUUAGAAAUCGCUUUGAUAAUUUUCCCAUACUAGUAGAUGUCAAUAACUUUGGUUUAUAUCUUUGUCUGAAUUUCUGUAGUUGGGGAUGACGUGUUGCUUAAGACUUCUUACCCUACUUCAUGCUGUCAGAUUAGUUCUAUUUAAGGGAUUUGUUGAUUCUAAUGAUUUGGAAGCAAGCAAUGUGAUUUGUGAAGUUAAUCUUAGCUUUCAAAUAACUGACUAAAGUUAAUAUAUGAUUUAAAAAGAAUAAUCUAUUGUGCGUUUGUAUCUGAUUUUGAUAUAUAUCAGCUGCGUUAAUCAGAACGUAGGUCAUGCUUACAGUUUUACUUUCGGUUUCAAGUUUCCUUCAUCCUGAGAUGAAUGAAUCUUUAACUGCGCAUGCAGAGUGUUUGAACAGUGUUACAAUAGACUGACUGGUGUUAUUUUGGGGUCGCUGUUGUGGCACAGUGGUGAAAAUAUGUAAUUUUUUUGACAGGUCCAGAAAAUAUGUGACAACCUGACUUAGCUGGUGAUCAAAUUGUGCUUCAUACAGUGUUAAGUAUAAAGGUAAUUCUAAAACGUUAUUUACCAAAGCUACCACUUCUCCCUACACCCUUUUCAUGAAAAGUAAAUAGCCAGUAGUGUGAUGGGAGAAGUUAUGAAGUUGCCCAGGCAGCACUUUUUCUCCCUCUAAUUAGUAUUUAGAAGCAAACUUCCAUUAGCUCACGUUUACUUUAGCUCCAAAAUUACCCUGUCUGCAUAUUUACUAAAGAUAUAUAGCUUAAAUUAAGAAUACCUUUUUAUACAUUAUUCAGUUUGAGAUUUUGGCUCGCUAAAGCAUUACGUUUCUAGCCCUGGUGAUUAUGUUUCAAAGUUCAACUUGGGAUUUACCGAGAGUCAGCAUCUCAAAAACUCCCUCUCCUUUAAAUAACUGGAGAGAGUCCUUGGAAUGUCCUUGAAGGUGGAUAUAAUACAUCUCUCUUCCAUGACUUGGUUUUACAUUGGUGUCUUUUUUCACACUGCACAACAGUCCUGAUCACAGCCCAUGGCCAACACAUUGCACCCUCAAUCAUUACUGAGUUACCAGGCUGCCUGGAAUGCAUAUCCUGUCCCAUCCUGUCCUGUACUGACCUGAAAUUCCAGCUUCGCUCUUUAUUAUCUGCUGGAUGAAGUCAAGAUGAGCUAUGCAAAUGCAUUGUCAUUGUUGCGGAUAUUUGAGGUAAGAGGUCCCCCUGCUGGCCCUUAGGAGAACAUACAGUGAACGGCUUUAUCUUGGAAAAUUUCCCCGUCUGUCACACAACGUGGUCUCCUCAUCCUGCCACCUGUUCCCUCCUGUUUUAUACUCAGUCUCGGAUUAUUCUUUUACCACAUAAAAAUAGCAGCGGAAGACUUGAAGUUUGUUAUCUUUAAUCACAUCCAGCUUAUUGUAUCCUUCAGAAACGACGUGAUUCUUGUUAAUAAUGAACAUGAAAACGGCGUGCGGCAUUAGACUACUAUUAAUUUAUGGUUCUAAACUGUUCAGAUCUACUGACUGUUGCUUUUUUUUUUUUUUUUUUACACAAAUGUUAAUACCCUUUGGUAUUUUAUCAUUGAUUUAAGAAAAUAGCAUAAAAAAACUCAACGAUGUUUUUAUUAAAACUGUAACAUUUAAAAAUCUUUUUGUACCAUGUACAUGUUCAGCUUAAAAAGUCAUGUUUUUCUCUAGAGUUCACUGCUGUCAUAAUCCUGAAAUAUGCGCAAAUUUUCUGAAAGGUGUGCAGUCUUUACUUCUAGUUUUUUCAUGUGCAAGUAGAAGCUGAUGUUUAGCGCAGUAGGGUUGGUGGUUUUGUGUUAGAAGCCAAAAAGAAUGUGGUUCUGUUUAGUGAAUCGUCUGCCACCUGUUUGCAGCUUCUUUCUUGUUGUUUUCUUCUUUGGAUUAGGUGGAAAUAAGAGGAAGGAGCUCCUGUGCCUUAGACUUUACACAUGACAGCAGUUACAUCACGCACAGAUUCAAAGGCUUUGACUUGCACACAAUAUGAGACAAACUCAAACAGUAUGUGUGUGUGAGUUUGGGUUGAUGACCAGCCACACAUCAUGUU